GGUUGUAUUCCAUUUGCCAUCUCUACGCUUAAAAGUAUUGUUUUAUUUUGUUUACAUUUAGCAGCAAUGGGGGGAAAAAGUUAUUAUUGCGACUACUGCUGUUGCUAUAUGAAAAACGAUCUGAAUGUAAGGAAAUUGCACAAUGAUGGUAUUUCACACACAAUAGCAAAGGCCAAUUAUAUGAAGCGUUACGAGAAUCCCAAGAAGAUCUUGACUGAAGAGCGCCAGAAAACUCCCUGCAAGCGAUACUUCGGUGGCUACUGCAAGUUCGACAUGUAUUGCAAGUAUACCCACUACAGUGGGAAGGAGCUACAGGAACUGGAGAAGUUAGUUCUCGCUAAGAAGAGGACCAAUUCACAAAAGAGAAAUAAAGGCAAGAGAUGGCCGUGGAAAACUCAUCUUCAAAAGGGUUUACCUCCUUCCUUACAAUCCAUUAACCCAGUCAAGCUCAAACAAACCGUCUUCGAGCUCAGCUGGGGCUAAAUAUAUUUACAAAAUGCACAAUUAA